UGAACAUCCUGGCAAACCCGUGUCGGAUUGCCGCGGGUAUAAGUAGUCAGGCUAUACAAAGUCCCGCUGAGAUCGUGAUACCCGUGAUUCAUCAUAAGAACUGAGUCACCACCUCUCCUCUCUUCUUCAUCGCAGGAAAUCACAACAUCUCAUCAACAUUAUGCAUUUCCCCAGUUGCAAUGCCGAGGAGCGUCCAGAGGUCUUGCAUGAAUUCAUCCGUCAGAAUCCCCUUGGCAUAUUGACAACCGCAAUUAAAUCAGAUUCUUAUCCAUUUCUUCAAAACAGUCAUAUUCCAUGGCUUGUUGAUGCAGACUUUGAUGGCAAUACCAAUGGACUCGGCAGACUUCGCGGUCACAUUGCACGACAAAAUCCUCAGGCAAAAGCUAUUAUCGAAAGCUGCACAGCAGUCUCUGAGUCAUCAUCAACAAAUGUCCUCGAGCACGACGUUCUUGUAUUAUUCAACGGACCAGUCCAUCACUAUGUCACACCUAAAUUCUACAAGCAAACCAAACCCGACACCGGAAAGGUAGUUCCUACCUGGGAUUACGAAGCCGUGGAGGUGUACGGUAGAGCGAGAGUUUACUACGAUACCAAGUCCGCUGAAUCUGGAAGUUUUCUUGCAAAGCAGAUCUCGGAUCUAUCUGACCAUAUGGAGACAUCAAUAAUGGGUUAUGGCAAGACUUCUGAAACACAUCCAUGGAGAGUGGCGGAUGCACCCGAACGGUAUAUUGAGCUACUCACGAAGAACAUCAUUGGCAUAGAGAUUGAGAUUACCUCUAUGGCGGGAAGGUUCAAGUGGAGUCAAGAGAAGCCUGUUAAAGACAGAGAUGGCCUCAUUGAAGGGUUCAAAAAUCUAGAUACGCAUAAUGGUGCGUUGCUAUCGGAAAAGGUUAGGGAUCACGCCGCUCUUUUUGAUGCCAAAAAAGCUGCGAGUAAGUUGGGGGCCUAGUUAUUGGGUGAACUGAGAGGCAGACUCGUGUGUAAAUGAUUAUAUGGUAGCGUUUGGAAUGUGAUACCAGUGUAUUAUCUGACCAUAUAUGAGCUGAAAACUCAGUCGUUUAGUCAAUUAUAUGCAUGAUGGUUUUCAGGUCACCACUUGAGAAUGUCCUUUUGUGUUUUGACCUAGUGA